GUCAGGUCAGAUCAAAGCUCCAGCACCGUAAAUACAGAAAAGUAACAAUGUGGAGAAGAGCUUCCACUCGGCUUCCAACCCUAGCCUCAUGGCGGCAUUUCAACCGAUCGCCUGCCCUUUCCGCUCGAUCCUCCACCUCCGCUGCCUCGUCCCAACACCCCACGCAUUUUCACCAAAAUCCUGCUGUUCUCUCUCACCGCUCGCUGUCCGACUCCGGGAGAAAGAGAGUUGAAGAUGUCAUGCCGAUUGCUACGGGGCACGAGCGCGAAGAAAUCGUGGCUGAGCUCGAGGGAAGGAAUAUUCUGGAGAUGAACUAUCCGGUUGGGCCUUUUGGCACCAAGGAGGUGCCCGCUAUUGUUAAAUCAGUUUAUGACAAGAGAAUAGUUGGAUGCCCUGGUGGCGAGGGAGAAGAUGAGCAUGAUGUUGUUUGGUUUUGGCUGGAGAAAGGCAAACCCCAUGAAUGCGCUGUUUGUUCUCAGUAUUUCAUGCUUGAAGUGGUUGGGCCAGGAGGAACUCCUGAUGGUCAUGGAGAUGAUGAUCAUCACUGAUCUUGCUUGCUUGGAUGGCACGCCAUGACGCCAUGUGGCUUUCUGUGUAUGACGUCCAGAAUAAAAGACUUGAGUAGAAGAUGAGAAAUGAGUUCUUUACACAACAUGGUUUCAAUCGCUCUCACCCUUUUGUUUUGAUGUACCCUUUGCUCUUGUGACCUCAGGGUCCGGUCAGUAGAAAUUUUGGUUUUACAUGCAUAUACCACCAGACAUCUGGGAUUUUGCUUGAGCUUUUCUCAUUUCAUCUUCAAAUAACUGAUGUCUACAUUUGAUUCUUUCUCGAAAUAAAAUGUACUAGAUAUACAUAUUUUGCGAAUGA